ACAAUUUUGAAAAAAAAAUAUUAAAAUAUAAAAUUUUAACAGAAAAUAAGAGAUAUAAAAUAUAUUGUAAUCAUAUCAUUACAAGUAAUGUGAUCCGCCCCUGCCUUUGAUUCUAUUCAAGAAAAAAAAACAAAGCAUGAUAUGUUUGAAUGCACUCAGUUGUGACCAGUAAGCAGGUAGGAAAUCGAAAGUCCGUGCGGUCAGAAAAACGACAUUAAGUGAGCUCGGGGAUGGCAAAAAGGUGUCCAAAUUUUUCGGCUGCAGAAAUAUCUGUUUUAACAGAUGAAGUUGAAAGUAAGAAAGAUAUUCUUUUUUCAAAACAAAACUCCACUGUCUCAAAUGCUUUAAAGCGAGAUGCAUGGAAAGAAGUGGCAUUAAAAGUGAAUGCAGUGAAUACAACAGGGUACGUCGGGACGGGGGAAGAAAUGAAGAAGUGGAUUUGCUUGAGCAGUGAAAGUAGGAAAAAGCUAGGCUUGAAUAGGAGAGAGCAGAGAAAGACUGGAGGGGGGUGUUUGCCAUCAGAUGCUACACUACGACCCAUAGACGAGAAGAUAGAGGGAAUUAUCGGAGAAACUUCCAUAUCCGGAGUUGAAGGUGGCAUUGAUGUCCUAGACUCUUCUACGACCACGGAUGCAUUAUUAGCACCUCCAAGCAACAUGACACAUGCCUCAAUAGAAUGCCAACCUACCGUUGAAAACUCGCGUUUAAGCAGAAAGGGCACAAACAGAACCGUUAGUACUAGUGAAUCGCAGCAAAGGGAUGACCUCAUGACGAGACUUGUGACAGCAGAAGAGGAAAGGCUGAGUAUUGAGAAAAGAAGACUUGAGAUAGAGGAAAGAAGACUUGACACCGAGGAGAAGCGUCUCAAGAUUGAGGACCGGCGUCUUGCGGUUGCUGAGCAACAGCUUCAGAUACAGCGUGAGCAGCACUCGCUUCACCUGUGUCAACUCGGAAUAGUAAAUAAUGCCACCCUCAAUGUGCCUUUGACUGAAAAUGAGUAA